GUCAAAGUCAAAUGAUACGAUACAAUAACAUUACGAUUUCUUGUGGAGUAUUGUGUAAUUUCAAUUAAAUUCAGUAGCAUGAAAUUUAUUAUCACUGAAUUAUAAUCACCAAAGGCACUGAAACAUAUUCGACAAUAAAUAUAAUAUUUCUUCACUUAGGAAAAUCAAGGUUUCAUUGAUAAGUUUUAGAGGAAAGUUAAGAUAACCUUACUAAUAAAUCUACUGUGAUUUUGUGAAAAAAUGACUGAAGAUAAUAAAAACCCGGCAUCAGAAACGAAGACUACAUCAGACAAUAGUAAUAAAAGCCAAACAAGUACUGAACCGAAGAAAGAGGAAGCAUGGGGUUACGACCUGUAUCCCGAAAGACGCGGUACUUUUAAUGCUAAGUGGAGUAAUAUUCUGAUUGGUAAGGAAGGAAAGGAAAAUAUAGAUAAGUUCAAGUGCGAGCAGAACGUUUAUGAAUGUGUUAAAAACAGUUCUAUCGUUAAGGUUAUGAUGGCAGCUCUUAAAAGUUCUGGUUGUCCUAUUGAUAUUCGGCGACAUAUAUCAUGUGAAGUAUGUGACUACUCUGUUAGCGGAGGAUAUGAUCCGGAAUUGAACCAGAUAGUUGUGUGCCAAAAUGUAUCAACUCGUCAAGGUAUGGUCCAAGGAGUUCUCGCUCAUGAGAUGAUCCAUAUGUUUGACUACUGCCGGAACCAGCUGGACUUCAAGAACAUGGAACAUCUGGCCUGCACAGAGAUAAGAGCUGCUAAUCUUACCCAUUGCUCAUUUGCCAGUGCUUGGUCACAGGGGGAUGCAUCAUGGGGCAAAAUCAAGAAAGCUCAUCAGGACUGUGUCAAAACCAAAGCAUUAUAUUCCGUCCUAGCUGUACGACAAAUAGGUAUGAAAGAAGCUGUAGAUAUCAUAGAAAAAGUAUUCCCGAAAUGCUACGAUGACCUUGAACCAAUAGGGAGAAGAAUAAGAAGGAAUUCUGAUGAUAUGCUGCGUGCUUUCAAGGAAGCUGCGUAUUAUGGAUAUGAAUAGACAAGGUCAUAUACAUCUAGAGAAAGUGUAAGUAGAAAAUUUGUAGAUAGUGUAACAUAUUUAUGUAAAAAGUUAAAACAGAAGUGCAAUGAGGCAAAAAAUAAAACAACUACAACUGAUUUAAAAUAA